CGCGAAAAGAACCAUGGCGGAAACGGUGAGUGGCGCCUUUCCUCCGUGUUUUGCGGGCUGAAGCCGUCCACGGGCGGCGGAGGUCUCGGCUCACAGGUGCCGGCGUGUGUUUGAGUGGGAGGACUACAAGUUCCAGGUUUUUGACAGCGACGUUCAGCAGAUGAAGCCGCCCCCCAAACGGCGGCGGAUCCUCGACCCGUCUGCCAUCACGCCGGUCCCCAUCUACUCCAACAAGGUGAGCAGCGGCUUGCAGCUAAAGCCAACGACCUCUCUGUUCAACGAGAAUGAAAACGCAGACGAUGCUGACGACUGUCUGUGGGCGGAGUUUUCCUGUAAGGAGCCAGCCGAGGUCGUCUGUUUGAGCGACUCGGAGGAGGAGUUUGGACCCCACCUGGCAGAACCGAGAGAGGAGUGUGUAGAAACGCCGCACUGCCCGUCGCCCCCCCCAGAGAGUCCCGUCCAGAAACAGUCCAGGAAGGUCCGGCAGAAGACCAGUGAGAUCAACCGGCGGCUGCAGGCGGCGAGCUCCAUCCUCUCUCCAAAGUCCGGCCCCUCGCUGUCCUCCUGCACCCCCCCGCCUGUGGAGGAGGACGAUGACAUCAUCAUUCUGGAGGCCCCCGGCGCUCGGCGGCGGCCCGCCUCCUCCAGCCCGGCCUGCAGGAUGUCCCUGAAGGUCCGCUGCAGGACGGAGAUCCACAGGGUCCCAGUUCUGCCGUCGACGCCGUUAGGGGAGGUGCUGGGCCAGCUGUCCGUCAUCCUAAAGGUCCCGCCCUCCCAGCUGCUGCUGCUCAGGGAGGAGGAGGAGCUUUCGCCACAGCUUACGGUGGACGAGCUCCGCCUCGGCAUCGCUGACAUCAUCGACUGCGUCGUCAUGGCGACAGAGGAGCAGAGCAGCAGCAUCACGGUGCGGCUGCAGAGCAGAGACCGCGGAUCUUCACAGAGCUUCUCCGUCCUCAGAGACGCUCCGCUGGCCUCCAUCUUCUCCCAGUACCUGUCCGGCGUGGAGGCCGCCGCUCGCUCCAAGGCCAGAUUCCAGUUCGACGGGACGCGGGUGACGGGCGAGCAGACGGCGGCGCAGCUGGACAUGGAGGACGGAGACAUCGUGGAAGUCUGGAUCUGAGCUCCUGAGCUCCUCCGGUCGAGUCACUUUAGGUCUGAAGGUUCAGACGAUUCCUUCAGCAGAAACUCAAACAGCUUUUUAAAGUUGUGGACUGUAAAGAUCGUUUAAAUAUUUGUCUGCACUCAAACUGCUGCUCAUCAGCUCCUUUUGUUCACUUUUAGUGAUAAUAAAAAAGCGACUGAAACGUU